UAUGUGCCAGUGCUAUUCGUACUUAUAUUGUGACGAAUAUUUACACUAGUUUAUUAGGAGAAUUUCGGUUUUUUUUUGUGGUAGCAUCAGUAAGGUAAUCGGGGCAGAUAGCUUUAACGGUCGGCUCCGCGCUCGAGUGUGGCAGACCGCAAGCAUGACGAGCGCCUUCAACUGCGCUCUCGUGCUCAUCAUUUUGGUCGGUGCGGGGUCGGCACAGGACUACGAUGUAACGGACAUCCAGUGCACGUUCGCAAGCGGAGGCUCAGGGAUCCGUGACUCGGUGACGGCGUUGCUACGAAAGCCUGAGGGCUUCAGGGGCGCGCCACUGUUCGCCGAUGACCGCGCCACUGACCCUAUCGCGGAUCCCGUCUGUCAAAUACGACCAGAGCCGGACGACCCUACCAACUUACUUUACAGACUUCGAAUCACCGAUUUCACGAAAUGUGGCGUCUUGAAAAGAAAUGGCUUCGUGCACGUGCGCGUCUGGUUCCCUCAAUUCCCGGGCGUGGUGAUGCAGUCCGACCAGGAGUUGAUCAUCAUGUGCAAACCCCCGGAGCCAACCAUCAUUGAGAAUAAAGCGGCAGGAUUCGCUGGCAGCUUUCCUCACGGAGCGCGCGUAUCUGGUGUGGUGGAGGAGACUCCUGGCAGGCUAGAGUAUGAGGUGGCGCUGUACAAGGAGGCACCGCCUGUCUCCAGACAUACCAACCAUUCGGUAGAUCUGCCACUAGAUCAGGCUGUUCCGAUCGGCACGAAGCUGCAGCUGCGCGCGCGCAUCAACCCGGAGUCUGCAUGGAGGCACAUCAAGCUGCUGGAGGUGGCCGUCUCCCCCGACCCCGACCGCCCGCACGCAGCCGGCGCCGUCCUCCUCGUCAAAGACGGUUGUCGCAACCGUGACUUCGCGUCAAUAAUCCCGCACCAGCCGGCGCGCUACCGCGAGCGACACAACGAGGUGUUCCUGGACUUCGAGGCGUUCCUGCUCGCCGCCAUGAAGGAGCGCUCCACGCUCUGGAUACACUCGCAAAUCAAGGCCUGCAUGGACGCCGCCGACUGCCAGCCCGACUACUGCUUAGAUCUGUAUGAACCGUCAGGUCAUGGUCGUCGCAGGCGGUCGCUCCCGGAGAGUGCACUGAAUGCGAGUAGCGAAGCAUUGUCUGCGGACAACUCGACGCCGUACACCCGCUUCAAGGAAAACCUGGAGUACACGGUGGUGAUGCCGGGCGAGCUGUUCCACCGCACGCCGCCCGAAGCCAGCUGCGCCACUUCCAUGAUGUUGGCUGUCGCGCUCGGCGCUCUGCUCUUCAUGUCUGCGCUCCUGAUGUGCUACCUCGCAACCAAACUAAAUUCGACAAUGCUAAAGAACAGUAAUCUUCAGUCUCCGUCGGGUAAAGGGUUCGAGCAGAUCCUGAGAGAGCUGGCGCACCAUUCGAUGCCCGAAUCUGGCUACACCGGCCGCCCCACCGUGCAGUGAUAGAUUACAAUUGGCUAAAUAUAAUAUAAUCUCUUCUAGAACAUUCUUCAUAAACAUAUAAUUUAUUA